GCUUACCCAUAAUGGCCAAUGUUACAGAUUAAAAUGGAACAGCAUGGUUAAACAGAAACCGUCAGUGAUUUGUCGAUGUCACUCAGUCAAUUCUGCUCUGACGCAAUGGUGCUAACACUGUUAACGAGAACAUUUUCGGCUCCCGUGAACCCAAUGACAACCUUUAAAUUUCGAAUAGCUACCUCGCAGUGGCGAAAUACAGUGGAUUUUGUACAAGGCGUUCGAUGUUACUAUCCAUCGAGUAGUGAGUUAACGCAAUCGUCGCAACAACUGCAAAAGAAUAAGUUCAAUAAUCUCCCACAUAAGCAAAAAGAUCGUCGCUAUGAGAAACAGACUCAUCUCAGGAUCAGCGCUGACAAUGAGCCGUUGAUCAGGAAAGUUUUUAACACAUCACAGACUAGAAUUUCUGAUGGUCUUGAGAGUCUAGUUUCGUGGCAGGCUGGCGUGAACAUCUCUAAUCUGGCGCUAUUCUCUGGUUCAGUCCAAGGAAGUUCGAUGCGCGUAUUACAAGAACCUUUUCCCGAAUCAGUUGGUAACUUCUCAAGACCUCAGGUAUCCUUGAGGCGUCAUAAUUUAUUCAGCGGUCUGCUUACAAGACGUGAGAGCUGGACUUCAUUUUUACCGUUUGUAGGUAGUCAUCUACGAAGAGGAUAUGUUACCAGUAAGGCAUUAGGUAAAGUAUCGCCGAAUGGCACAGCAGCUUCAACUCCGCGAAAACAUGUACCGUGGGCGCCUGAGAUGACAUUACGGUUGCAUCCUAAGUAUCGUGGUUCAGACCCUAUCUCGGAAAUGAUGUGUUGGAUUUGGGAUAAAAAGCGCCAAUCAAAGCUACGUUAUGAUCAUAAGGUUGCCCUACGAGAUCAGUUAGCGCUUUACGUGUUUGAGGAAUACAAUUUAACAAUUAUAGGCUCUUCCGCCAGUGGCUACGGUUUCGAGGAUUCGGACAUAGAUAUAUGCUUACAGUUCAAGAAUAAUUUUCUUCCCAUUGACUACAACAGAGUGAAAGUGCUUCGUGUGCUCAAACAGAGGCUGGAUGGCGAACCUGGAGUGAAGAAGGUCUCGAUGAUUCCAGCGAUUGUACCGAUUUUGCAGUUUCAGUACCAGUGCGAUAAAAGCCGUCCAAAGAUGCGUGUGGAAUUGAAUAUGGAAAACACAGUUGGCAUAAUAAACACACAGCUCUUGUACUCGUACUCCAGAAUGGAUUGUCGAGUUGCUCCAUUCAUCCUCAGCGUCAAAAGAUGGGCAUCAAACAUGCAGAUAAAAAGCGCCCAGUUCGGAACCCUAAGUAGCUACUCGUUGACCCUUCUCAUGCUGUAUUUUCUUCAAAUGCAGGGCAUAGUUCCUGUUCUACACAACGAGGUACCCGAGUUCUUCGAGGGAAGAGGCUUUGCUAACAACGCGGCGUUACUUCUACCAGUGUGGGAAAGUAAAAAUGAACUCACGUUAGGCGAGCUGUUUAAGCAGAUGCUCGAAUUCUACUCAGAUUUUGAUUUUGAAAAUUCUUGCGUGUCAGUUCGUAAUGGGGCAGUCAUUUCAAAGGACGAUGCUAUUGAAAAAGAUCCCGACAUCAUACAAACAAGCCGGAGCAGAAACACCACAACCUCGUCACGUGAUUGGUGGAAGUUUAUCUUAGUGCAGGAACCUUUUAAUUUCACGAACACGGCAAGGUCGGUAUAUGAAAAGCGUAAAUUUCAAGAAAUUAAGAGUGUUUUUCAACGAAGCCUUCAAGUUAUCGAUCGGCCUGGUGGACCAAAAGUCCUCCUUUUCUAGAAAACGCAUCACGUCUGUCCGACAUUAUGUUCAAGAUUAAAGGGUAAUCUAGAUCAGUACAAAGUAUCACAGACACGUUGCGGCGCCCACGUUGUUUGGGCUAAAUGAACUUGAAAAUUCAAUUUGGGCUAUUACGGGUUGUAACCUCUAAGUAAUUUUAAGUUUAUAGGCAGCCGUGCCCCUAGUUGUCGUAAUGUGACCCUUGCUCCUAUUGGCAAACAGGGAGCCGGAACAGUAUACGCCUGGGUUGCGUCACAGUGCCAGAUGUAUCAUUCAUUAAUUUGACUUUUUUUCCAAAUGUAUAUAGGUUACAUGUAUAUAAAAAGUACUU